AGCCAUAUUGGCUUGGCUAUGAUUGUCGUGUCAAAGUGAUAGUUCCCCCGUCAAAAAAAAAUAAUAAAAAUAACAAAUAAAAAAAAAAAAACAAAAUAAAUCAAAAAAAUUAUAUCAAAUAAAUAAAUAAAAAUAACAAAAUUAUAUUAAUGUUAAUUUAUAAAUAUUUCUAUAAACAUAAGCACAGUGUUUGUGUAUGUGUAUAUAUGUGUCAAUUAAUUAAGUAACAAUAUAAUUAUAAAUAAUCAUGGAAGAAACAAAAAUUAUUUAUCAUAUUGAUGAUGAGGAAACGCCUUAUUUAGUUAAACUCACAAUAUCACCAGAGCGUGUGACACUAGCUGAUUUUAAAAAUGUAUUAAAUCGACCAAAUUAUAAAUUUUUUUUUAAAUCAAUGGAUGAUGAUUUUGGCGUUGUCAAAGAAGAAAUUAUCGAUGAUGAUGCACACUUGCCCUGCUUCAAUGGACGAGUUGUUUCUUGGCUGGUUUUGGCUGAGGGUAGUAAUGUAUCUGAUGGUGCAUCACAAUGUACUGAUUCUGUUGCACAUAGUGAUGCUAAACAUGACAGGGUUGAUCAUGUACCACCUGGUAUUACAAAUCGUGGUCCACCAACAACAAUAUCACAAGAUGAUACAUUGACUGAAACUGAAAGUAUCAUAAGUAGUAGACAAGGACAUCAUAUGCAUAAAAAUACAAAACAUCAUUCAGAUAAAUAUGAUAAAUAUGCAAAAUAUAAUGGUUUACGUAUUAAUGGACAUUCGAAGCAUCGUUCUGGUCAUGGAUAUGAAAGUGCAUCAAUGAUGAGUUCUGAUUUAGAAACAACAACAUUUUUAGAAUCUGAUGAUGAUGCAAGUAGUCGUAUAACAUCAACAACUGGAAGACAUACAAAUAUGAGUAGUACUAUUGAACGAGCAACACUAGAUCGUCGUAGACCACAAAGACGAAGACGACACAGAUUACCACCAAUGUCACGUACAUCUUCAUUUAGCAGCAUAACAGAUAGCACAAUGUCAUUAAAUAUUAUAACAGUAUCAUUAAAUAUGGAUACUGUUAAUUUUUUGGGUAUAAGUAUUGUAGGACAAAGCAAUAGUGGUGGUGAUGGUGGAAUUUAUGUUGGCUCUAUUAUGAAAGGUGGUGCAGUUGCAUUAGAUGGACGGAUAGAACCAGGUGAUAUGAUACUUCAAGUAAAUGAUAUUAAUUUUGAAAAUAUGUCAAAUGACGAAGCAGUCAGAGUACUUCGUGAAGUUGUACAAAAACCAGGACCAAUUAAACUUGUUGUGGCAAAAUGUUGGGAUCCAAAUCCAAAAGGUUAUUUUACAAUUCCACGUACUGAACCAGUUAGACCAAUUGAUCCAGGUGCAUGGGUUGCACAUACAGCAGCAAUACGUGGUGAAGGUUUUCCACCACGUCCACCAAGUGUAACAACAUUAACAUCAACAUCAGGUAGUCUUACAAGUACUCUUCCUGAUACAGAACGUCCAUUGGAAGAACUUCGUUUAAGUAUUAAUACAGAUAUGCCAACAAUUGUACGUGCAAUGGCAAGACCAGAUUCUGGUCUUGAAAUACGUGAUCGUAUGUGGCUUAAAAUAACAAUUCCAAAUGCAUUUAUUGGUGCUGAUGUUGUUGAUUGGUUAUAUACACAUGUUGAAGGUUUUAUUGAUCGUCGUGAUGCUAGAAAAUAUGCAUCAUUAACACUUAAAGCUGGUUAUAUAAGACAUACUGUUAAUAAAAUUACAUUUUCUGAACAAUGUUAUUAUAUAUUUGGUGAUUUAUGUUCAACAAUGAGUAAUAUGAAAUUAGAUGGUGAUACUGUUGGUCCAUUACCACCACCAAUUGGUUGGGAUAUGACAUAUUCUGGACCAUAUGCACCACAUUCUGCUGCUGGUUAUAGUCCAAUGCCAUUUAAUUUUACAAAUGAACCAACUGUUUAUGGAUAUCACCGUGAAGAAAGUGUUCAUAGUGGAAGUAGUGCAGGAAGUGAGCAUAUAUGUAAAGAGCCAAUACAAGAUGCAAAAUCAUUUUCAUCAGCAUCAGAAAGUGAUCUUCAUUUACCACCAGCAUUACCAAAUAAAAAUAAUGGAAAUAGCUCAAAUGGUAAAAGAUCAAAUGGAAGUCGUAGUCGUUCAAGUGGAUCAGAACAAUCAGUAAGAACGGGAACUGGAUCAACGAAUCAACAAGAUAUAUCUGGAUUGUCUGCGCCAAUGGGACAGCUAUUUCUUUAAAGACAAAAAAAAAAAAAAAAACAUAAUAAUUAACGGGGCAUUAUUUCAAGUGAACGAAUUAAUCAACCUGCUCCUGAAUUUUCCUCUAAAUAAUAUAUCAAAUAUAUAAAAAUUAUUAAAAAUAAUUGUUUAUAAAGAAAAUAACUCAAAAAAAAAAUAUACAAAUUUUUUUUUUUUAAAUUUUUUAUACUUUGAUAAUACAUAAUCGAAAAAAAAAAAAUAAAAAAAGUAAUACGAGCUAAUUUGCAUAAGCACAUAAUGCUUGUCAAUAAAAUUGUUAACGGGGUACGUAAUAUUAAUUAUGUAGAAAAAUAUAUAAUGAAAAAGCAAAAAAUGAAAAAAAAAAUAAAUAAAUAAUAUUAAACGUAAUAAUAUUGCUAUUGUCGUCACAUUAGAUACGUGCCAAAUGUGGUGUUUUUAAAAAUAUUCAAACCGCUGUAUACAAAAUGGCAAAGUAAUUUUAAGAAAAAAUUGUAAAUAUAAUUAUAAAAAAAAAAACUCAAAAUUAAACCAGAUAAAGUCGAAAUUAAAAUAACAAAAAAAGUGCCAUCAUACUUUUCAUAAUUACACUAAUAACAUUGACUUUUUGUAUGUCCAUUUUGAAUAAUUUUCUAUGAAAUAUUUAUAGAAAAUUUAAAUAAUAAAUUUUUAUAAAAUUUAAUGUAACAAUUCUUUUUAUAAAUAAUAUUUCUUCCUUUUUUUUUUUUAUUUGUUACAAAGCACUGAUUGCAUCAUUGUUAUUCCGUUUAUUUUAAAUAUUUGAAAUAACUUCAAGAUAGUUUUAAUCGUUAUGUUAAUUUAUUUAACAGAAAACAUUUGUAAAAAAAAAUAACUCAUUCAGUAUAAAUAUUUACUUUACUUCUAGUUUCUUUUAAUGAAAAAUUAAGAAAAAUUAAAAAAAAAAAACAAGUAAUUAUAAACACAAGUAAUCUUAGGUUUAAUAAAAAAAAAAUUAAUAAAAAAAAAAAAAAAAAAAACAAUAACAAAGAAAAAAAAUUAAUAAAACCGCAUUUCAGAAAUUUUUUAAAAACAAUAAUUGUAAGAUAUAUGAGUGAAGAUUAUUAUUUUAUGUACAAAAUAAAUUUUUUUUCUUUAUAAAUUGUAAUUUAUAAAAAUUCAAUGGUUUUUAUGAAGCGAAUUUUUACGAUAAAAUAUCAUGUAAUGUCGUACAAUACAUUUUUAGAAAUUCCUAAAAAA